AUGUUGUCGAGGAGUGUCGCAGCGACAUGUAGCUGGCAUACAAGAUGUUUUGCUCGAACUCUGGCCACCGAGGUCGAAAUAUCAUCCCUUGCCUCAACGUCGACGGACGCCCCGCCUCCUCCGAAAAAGACACCCAGACCUACAAUCUCAGCCGCCGUCAUUCUCAACAGAUCUCCAUUGAUAACUCGUAGUCCCAGCACCUUCGAACGCGCGUAUUACAGCUACCAAGCUCGUCUCCGACGCGCCCUUCACAAUCCGUUCCCCUACGACUUUUAUUUCAAGGAAGGAUCCAUUCUCGAAACACGGUUUAACGUCGAGGAGCGAAAACGGGAGCGACGAGCAUUCGGGCCUCUAUUCGGUAUUGAUGACGAUGUAGACCAAGAAAAGGCAAAGGCGGCUCGGGCAGCUGCGGCGCAACUCGCAGAGCAGGAAGGAGAAUUUGAAGAGAUGGUGCCGCGGCUGCAUCCGUCGGACGUGAGUCGGGACAUCAAGAGUCUUGAUCGGAAGGGAAAGCGGAAUAUCUAUCUUUUGCUGAAAACAGCGCAAGAUGUAUGGCGUUUUCCUCAGGGAGGUCUUGAGAAGAACGAACUUCUCCACCAGGCUGCCCAGCGAGACCUCUACGCCGAGUGUGGUCAACAUAUGGACUCCUGGAUUGUCAGCAGGAAUCCUGUUGGCGUCUACAAGCCCCCCGUACCUAAAACACUGACCGGCUACCAGGAAGUUACAUUUUUCUUCAAGGCGCACAUCAUGGCUGGCCAAGUACGCCCGGGUGAAGGCAUCUCUGACUUUGCUUGGCUGACGAAGCAGGAAAUUGAGGGCAAAGUAGAGAAGAACUAUUGGGAUGGAAUUAAGGACAUUUUGUCUGACUACUGA